AAAGACCGUAUAAUCCACAAGUCUGGCUGGAUUUGUUGAAUAGAAUGGCAUAUAAUUGCAACUUGCGAAUUGUCAGCUGUCUGAGCCUUGAUUGCCCAUCAAUUUGAUCUUGAUCGACUUUCACCUAGAUAGCUUUGGAAUGAUGCCGUAAUAAAUAUGUCGGAACAAGGAAAAUCUUGUGCGAGCUUUUCCCCGGUCAAGGCUCAAUCUGCGUCCGACAUGGCGAAAGAGACGGGAGGACAAUGGAACGAAUUUUUCAGCAGUGUUCCGGAACCUGCACAUUUUCAAGAAUCGAUUGCAGCCGUGACCAAAUUUAUCUCGAGCAAGCAGGCUGACCAGAGUUCAAGGGUUGUGAUGGUUUCUUCUGGUGGUACAACGGUUCCUUUGGAACAGCUCACGGUCAGAUUCGUGGACAACUUUAGCUCGGGAACGCGAGGGGCUGCGUCUACAGAAUACUUUCUGGAGAGGGAUUACCCUGUCAUUUUUCUCUACCGAGCAAAAAGCUUGCAACCGUAUUCCAGACAUAUUCCUUCUGUUCUCGAUUUAUUGGAACUAGACGAGACUUCUGCUGGAGUAAAUGUGAAAUCGGCUGAUGUUGCCCGGACCAGAUUGAUAUUGGAAAAGUACAUGAAGAAUAAGUCGUCAUAUUUGAUGAUAACCUAUGAAACUUUGGGUGAUUACUUGUGGCUUCUAAAGGGAAUUGCUCAAGCGCUAGAUUGUAUGGGACCUAGAGCAAUGUUGUACUUGGCAGCAGCCGUUUCUGAUUUUUAUGUUCCCAUACAUGACAUGCCGGAACAUAAGAUGCAGUCGGAUAGGAAACCCGUAAUAGAAUUCUCAUUGGUGCCUAAAAUGCUGUUGCCUUUAGCAAAUAUUUGGGCCCCUAACGCGUUUAUCGUUUCCUUCAAGUUGGAAACAGAUGAAGAUCUUCUUCUGCCUAAAGCACUACAAGCUUUAGAGAAAUAUCAACAUGAUAUCGUGGUUGCGAAUCUCUUAACUACUCGAAAGAAAUGGGUGACAUUGGUUGAAAGGACUGGAAAAGUAACUAAAUUAGUAAAUUCUACUGAGGAUCGUGACAUAGAAGAAUUGAUAGUGAACACGGUUGUUGAUAAACACACAGAAUACAUCAUUGGUCGACCAACAGCUCAAGAAUCAUUAUAGUUUAACAUAAAAUGUAAUAAAACAUGUUUUAUUCUGUCAUAAACUUGUAUAUUUUAAUAAAAGAAAUAACAACCCCUUGAAA